CGUCGUCUCCACCUCACUCACACACACACGCGCGCACUCUUCCUCUCAUUCUCCCUUCAUCCGUAGGUGCACCGAUAGCCAUUGAAUGAGGACGAAAAGUUAAGAGAUUAAACCAAUAUGAACCACCGUUGCUCGUAGCAGUGCCGUAUCCAGCGCAGAGCAUUAUCCAGCGAGCAUCCCCUCAGGAAUGGAGUCCGUAAAACAAAGGAUUUUGACUCCCGGCAAGGAAGGAUUGAAGAAUUUUGCUGGAAAAUCGCUUGGCCAGCUCUACAGAGUCCUAGAGAAGAGGCAGAAGCCCGGGGACACCAUCGAGCUGACUGAAGAUGGAAAGCCCAUGGAAGUGCCCGAAAAGAAAGCCCCGUUGUGCGACUGUACCUGUUUCGGGCUGCCCCGGAGGUACAUCAUUGCCAUCAUGAGUGGAUUGGGAUUCUGCAUUUCCUUCGGGAUCCGAUGUAAUUUGGGAGUAGCCAUCGUGGAUAUGGUCAAUAACAGCACCAUACACCGAGGAGGAAAAAUUAUUAAAGAGAAAGCGAAGUUUAAUUGGGAUCCCGAAACAGUUGGCAUGAUCCACGGCUCUUUUUUCUGGGGAUACAUAAUCACCCAGAUCCCCGGAGGGUAUAUCUCAUCCCGACUGGCAGCGAACAGAGUAUUUGGCGCUGCUAUACUGCUGACAUCUUCCCUCAACAUGUUAAUACCAUCUGCAGCCAGGGUGCACUAUGGAUGUGUCAUCUUCGUUAGGAUCUUGCAGGGCCUUGUAGAGGGGGUCACCUACCCUGCCUGCCAUGGUAUUUGGAGCAAGUGGGCCCCCCCAUUAGAAAGAAGUAGGUUAGCAACCACUUCCUUUUGUGGUUCCUAUGCAGGAGCUGUCAUUGCAAUGCCUUUAGCUGGGAUUCUAGUGCAAUAUACUGGGUGGUCUUCUGUGUUCUAUGUGUAUGGGAGCUUUGGUAUAGUCUGGUACAUGUUUUGGCUUUUGGUUUCAUAUGAGAGUCCUGCAAAGCAUCCUACAAUCACAGAUGAAGAAAGGAGAUACAUAGAAGAAAGCAUUGGAGAGAGUGCCAACCUCUUAGGUGCAAUGGAAAAAUACAAAACACCAUGGAGAAAAUUUUUUACAUCUAUGCCAGUCUAUGCAAUAAUAGUUGCAAACUUCUGUAGAAGCUGGACUUUUUACUUGCUGCUAAUUAGUCAGCCUGCUUACUUUGAGGAAGUGUUUGGAUUUGAAAUAAGCAAGGUUGGUAUCUUAUCUGCUGUACCACAUUUAGUGAUGACAAUUAUUGUUCCUAUUGGGGGACAAAUUGCUGACUUUUUAAGAAGCAGGCAGAUUGUUUCAACAACUAAUGUGAGAAAGAUAAUGAACUGUGGAGGUUUUGGUAUGGAAGCAACUCUUCUUCUUGUGGUGGGAUAUUCACACAGCAAAGGAGUGGCUAUUUCAUUCUUAGUGCUUGCUGUGGGCUUUAGUGGAUUUGCCAUAUCUGGAUUCAAUGUCAACCAUUUAGACAUUGCCCCAAGGUAUGCUAGCAUUUUAAUGGGGAUUUCUAAUGGAGUCGGGACCUUGUCUGGAAUGGUUUGCCCUAUAAUUGUUGGAGCAAUGACAAAGAACAAGACACGUGAAGAAUGGCAGUAUGUCUUCCUUAUUGCUGCCUUAGUACACUAUGGAGGUGUGAUCUUUUAUGGCAUAUUUGCUUCAGGAGAGAAACAACCCUGGGCAGACCCUGAACAGACAAGUGAAGAGAAAUGUGGCUUUAUUCAUGAAGAUGAACUUGCUGAAGAGACAGGGGACAUUACUCAGAAUUAUGUAAAUUAUGGUACCACCAAGUCUUAUGGUGCUACAACCCAGGUCAAUGGUGGCUGGCCUAAUGGCUGGGAGAAAAAAGAGGAAUUUGUACAAGAGGAAGUACAAGACUCAUACAACUACAAGGAAAGAGAUUAUUCAUAACAAAGCUAAAUAUUUGGUAAAUUUUGUAGUGUUUGUGAUUAAAUUCAUUGUGAUUGUUUGCACACAGAAAUAAAAUGUGGUAUAAACUUGUAAACACAUAUCAAACAGGAAGGUCUUACUGUAAAAAAAUACAUCAAAGUGCAAUCUGUAUGAGUUGUGAUGUUAUCACUUUCAUUAGGCUAUAUUUGUUCUAUAAACAUUAGAUUUUUAAGGGUUUACUGGUCAAAACUAUAGAGGCAAGUAGAUACUUUACAAUAUACAAGAGCUAAAACUCAUAAUUAAAGAUUAAAGCACAAUUAAGCAACCAAGUUGGCACAUCUAAUGCUCUUUUUAGAAAGCCAAAAUUACUUGAUCAUUAAAAAUGCACUUAUAUAUUUGUUACACUGUAUUGAAAGAGAUUGUGUUAAGGACACACAUUUACUCAGUGCAAAGUAGGAGUUGUGUGUUUAGUCUAGGACAAGAACUUUCUUAAAGAAGAAAAGUUGAGUCCUAGGCAUUUAUGAGGAUUGAUCCAGUUCCUUUAAAGUAAUUGUAUCAAGCCUAAAGAACAAAUAGGGCAUAUUGUAUGUUUAUUGUGAUAACAUGCUGCAGGCUACUCUGUGAUAAAGGAAUGAAUUAUUUAGGAGUUUUAUACUGAAUGUUUGGGCACAAAUUCUUAUUUCUAUUCUUUACAGAAUCUCAUGAAAUUAUAGACAUUGUCAUGUUCUUCCCUGCAUUUAUCAACUAAUAUAAAAACAAUAUAAAAUACUAAGUCUGACUUUUCAGACAGCCUGGAAAAUCUCUUUAUCAAAAAAACAAGCUUUAUUAUUCUAUUAUUUACAGUAUUUUCUGAAUUUGUACUGGUGUCUUUAGAAAGAGGAAAAAAAACCAAUAUAACAUAGAAAAAUAUAGUCUUUUACAAAAUUCCAAAGAGAAGUUUACUAUCAGCAAGUAGCCCUAUGAAAAAGGAUGCAUUUGUUUUGCAGAAUAUUUUGAAACCAAUAGAAGAAACAGAAUAAUUUAACCCUUAUCCUUCCCUUAAUAGCUUUCAUAUUUUUACACAUCAUGCCACAGUUGUAUACAUAGAUAUGUUUAUUGAAGAUACUGUAAUUAUAGAAAUUGUUGUUAUUUUAGAAAUCCCUGAAAUAAAAGAUGUAUUUGUCUUUCAAUCAAACCUAAAAAUGGACACUGAAUAUGAGUAACAUAAAAACUCACAAUAAACCAAAGUGGUAAAUAACUAGUGUUGGGUUGAAAGAAGCCAACAAGCAUUAUGCUUGUCUUUUUAGCAUAACUCAACAGCGACUGCAACAUUAGUGUACCAAGCAAUAAGUGCAAUGCAUUAUGAAGUGCAUAAUCUUCUAGAUGAUAUAUUAACCUUCAUUUAGCUUGUUGUAUAUACUUGGGGUUGUUGGGAUUGAACCAGACUGAACCAACUGAAGUUCACAACACCAGACCACUUCUUAAUACUCUAAAAUGACAACAAUGAUCCAUUUCUUAAUUCAAUCAAAUGAUUAUUAUUGUAUGUAAUAAUCCAUUCUGGAUUCUUGGUCUGUUCAUUGUACUGUGCUAGUGAUUGGAAACCCUGCUACCGCAAUAUACAACUUGAGGAUUGUUUUUUCUCCUUUUUUUAAUGCAAAUCAUACCUUGACUUUAAGAAAAGAAGUAUUUUGCUUUGUGCCUCAAAGUGAUGUAAAACGUGACCAUAGCUUUUGCUGUGUUUAAUGAAAAAGAUGUGGACUGUGUCACUUUUGUUGCUGCAUAAAGUGUUAAUAAAAUGCUCUAUUUAUCCUUUUAUAUAAAAAAGACCACUAUAGCUUCUUGUAAUUUUUAGAUGUGUUUUAAUAUAGAUGACUAAAAUUGUAGUCACUGCAGAACAAAUUCUGCUAUUGACAUGGAGAGAGUCUCACAGCUGGGAGUUCUGCUCCAUACCCAACCUUUCAUAUUGUUCUUGCCUCCAACCAUGUGCAUGCCUGUGGUGGGGAAGGCACCUGUCUCAAGAUUGUUUGUCCUCUCAUAAGGAUGGUUGCCAUAGGUGUGGAAGAGAAAGGAGCAGGAGGAUCAGUGUGACAGAUACAGUGAACCUAGGAAGAACAGACUAAUCUGUGCUAGUGGAAAAGCUGGCAUAGAUCAGCAUUCUCUAAAGAAAAUGAAAAGCUACACAUUGCUGUUUGCAGAAUUUUUCACUUUCUUGAUUAUGCAACAAGGCUCCUUAACUGAAACAUACUACUUUCCGUCCAUUUUUUAGAUAAACUCCACAGCAAUCUGUAACUUAAAGAAACCCUAUAUUAAAGUAAGUAUUUUUCUAGCAAAAUUUUUAUUUUCGAUAAGUAGUAGAAUAAUGCAGAAACAUCAAACUGAGCAAAAGGCUUCAGAACAGUAAUCAGAGCAGUAACAAGCCUCGUGCUUUUCACCAAUCGGCUGGUUGCCAUGAGAUGCUGAGUCAGUUAAAAAACAAAGUUAAUGCUAACUGUUUUGAUGGACUGGUGUGAUGUUGCCAUAGAAACUUUCUGAAAGAUUCAGAGGUUGGAUAAGUAGUGGCUUCAAAAUUACUGUUGUAUUUAUUGUGGUAAGUGGACGGCUCAGAAAGUACAAACUAAAAAUAAAUUUUUCUUAAUUUUCAGUCUCAUCUUACAGGUUCUCUAUCUUGGAAUUAUGUCAAUAAUUUCCUUUCAUUAAAUAUAGGUAGGGUUUUUUUUCUUAUUAGCUUGAGACCUUUGAAUUAUAUAGAACAAAGGAGAGAUUUUAAUCUAGGCAUUAGAUACUGCACUGUUCGGCCAGCUACAACUCAGUGAGGACCUAACAAUUGUCUGUGAAUACUACACUACUAAAGGAACUUCCACAUUCUUUUUUUAGCUCUCUGCUUCUACUUUGGCUCCUUCACUUCCUCUUUCAAUGGCAGAGCAGAAGAAUCCAUUCUUUUGGGAAGGAGAAGGAGCAUGAUAGGUCUUAAGGUUUUUACUUCUCCACAGACUCCUAUUCAUGUGAAAAUACAGGAAGCAACUAUUAGGAACAUGACAGAAAAGGAAGAAGGGGAAAAUGGAGAAAAUAAUUAGGUUCUUCAAAGACAAGUAGUAACAGCUAUGUCUGCUUUAGGACAAAGGAGAGCUGAGGGGACAUGACCUUUUAUCUAAACCCCUGUAUUUCUUCUCAGUAGAUUUAUGUUUUUCUCUUGCUACUUCAUUUUUAUAAAGUAGCAUUUCUAAAAUAUACCUCUUCAGCAUCUUCUGAAUUGUGCCUUUUCUGCUCAGAGGUUUCUCUUCUGCACAGGUUCAAAGACUUGCUCUGCAAGCCUGGUACACAUGUAUGGUAUAGUGCUUCCCUUUUGGAAGUCUCAGAAGCUUGAAUAACCUCUGUUUGUCAGUCAGACCAUGUUCAUAGUCACUUGAUGGUUUUUUCUUGUCACUAAUUUCUGUUCUGUUCCCCACCUGAUCAUUCCCUGCUCACUUAUUAUGUUGAAAAAAGAAAAAAAGGAGGAAUUGUUACCCACAUUUUUAUUUAUUGCUUGGUUAUCUUUUCAGUGAGGUAUGUAAAAGGAAGAGGCAGAAUCUGGGCUCCAUUAAAAUUGUUAGAAAGACUUUGCAUUUAGAUGGGCUAGAAUAACACCUCAGAUGUUCAUGUCUUCAAAUGAUUCCAUAUUGACAGUAUCAGUCAAAUUGAUAAUUCUUAAAAUAUUUGAAUCUCCCUCAGUGGGAUCCCUUCUGUUAACACAUACUCUUUGUUGCAGAUAUAAAGCUAUCAUAAAAUAUUCUUUGCUUUCAAAAGUGAUCAUGAAAUUCAAUUGAUCAAAUCUUUUUUAAAAAACUUUCCUAAGGGGAAAAAGAAAGCCUCAAGGUAAAGGUUGAAUAAAAGUUACAAAAGAAUAUCUGCAAAUAUGAAUAAAAUUCUCUUUCAGCAUGAAGCUAGGAAUAGGAAUGAGGGUGGAAGUCAGAAUAAAUGUCACAGUUCAAAGCCAUACCGUAAGAAAGAUAACAUCACAGUCUCAGUUGCUGCCUCUGAGAGAUGAAAUGUUUUGUUCCUUUCAUGAUAAGCUGUGAAGGAGUUUAAAGGCUAGUAUAAGUCUAGAUUAACUACUUAACAGCAGCUGCUUUUGUACUUAUUUGGAAUUUGUCUGUGUCUUUUGCAUGAAUAAUUUUCUUUGCACUGGGAGACUUAAGAGUAAAUAGUCAAGGGACCUAGAGCUACAGUGGGAUAUUUUAAUUAGAUAUCUAUGGAUAUCCUCUCUAUCCAGCUAGUGUGUCUCAUGUUGCUAUUCUAGCUUUGCUUAAUGUCUCUUCACUCAGCUGUAAGCCCAAGCACAUCAAAGAAUGAAAUGUAUUAUUUGUUUGCUUAUGAACCACUACAGAAGCCUGUGCACUUUUUUAUACUGAGGUCAAGUGCUUAGACAGUAUCUUCCAUGCUUGGGAAUUAAUGUAACAAAAUGAUUGUUGGCAAAUGUCUCUUUGGUAAAAUUUUAACACUAGAAACAUAUAAUCCUUGCAAUUUUUGUUUCAGGUGAAUAAACAUUCUCUCAAAAACCACAGGUGAGACAUUAGAAAAUAAUACAAAAUUACAUUUUGAGCAAUGGUCUAACCUGUCUCAGGCUCUUAUCUAUAAGAAAGUAGGUAGAGAAUAAGUAUGAAACAGAUGUAAUGUCAGACAUAAAAUAGAUGGAUAAGUUAUAGAUAAGGAAAAAAAGCAUUGUAGGAAAUUUGAGGAAAAGCUACAGAAGAGCCAACAAAUUUCUUCACUUUUUCACAGAGAAUCAUAGAGUGGUUUGAAAUGGAAGGGACAGCGAGAAGAAAAAAACCCUGAGUAUGAAGUCCUAAAUAUCCGGUCACCCUCUCUUGAGGCUAAGGUGGGGUCAGAGGUUGGCUCAGAAGCUGAUUGCCACAUUCUGUGGGACCUAGCCUUGUGUCUAACACAUUUCUCUGCCAGGGCCACAGGGACACUUUCAGGCCUUAACUCCCCUGACCAUUUUGCACUUGCACCCCCAACAAAAAUUAUGCUUGGAAGCAUAAAAUUAAUUAUGAAAAAGCAUGUAAAAGAGAAGAUAUUGCAUUGUUAAGAUUGCAAGAUUGCUAUUUUAAUAGAGUUUGUAUUGUAUAAUCAAUUCAAUGUGCCAACACUGGCUAGAUGCUACCAAUGGCCCUGCACUAGAAGAGUUUGUGAGGAGAACACAGUAAUUUCCUUCAAGGUAAACAUCUGAACAAUCAACUAUUUUCAGUUUUAAUCUAGACAGUUCCAAUGUUAUUUUCUUUUUUGUAAAUGUUGCUUUGUGGAAAUUAAAUUGAAUCAAGUAAAACUAGAGUCAA